GUCCUCUUCCUAUUAAAUGCCACUAGGCCCACCUUUAUUACAAGUCGCCGGACAAUUUCCACCGGCAAGUGCCGGUCAACCCAAGUUGGAAACUCCCUUUUUCCAUUUAACCUCCUCUCCAAACACACCCCCAUAACUCAAACCCUCCCAAAAUCCCUCUUCACACUUGAAAGAUAAAAAAAAAAAAAAACCAAAAACCAAAAACUCUAUUCUCUAUUCUCUAUUCUCUAUUCUCUCUCUCUCUCUCUCUAAAACUCCAAAACCAAAUAUACUCUCCCCCUCUCUCUCUACUAUUCACGAAAUCACACUUAAAACAGCCCAAAACCAAAAAACUCUCUCUCUCUCUACACUACCGUCGUAAAAAAAACUGCACUUGAACGAACAGCUUGAAAUGAAGAAUCUAAGGCUUUGAUCAAUCCAUGGAGAAGAAAGAGGAGGAGCUAAGUAACGACAAUUGGAUGGGGAAUUCAACAUUUUCUGAUCAGAUUCCGGUGAGUUUCGCUUUGUCAUCCGGCAGCAGCAGCAGCAUCUUCGACAUGCCAUGUGAUGGCGAAAAGGGGUCUUUAGGCUUCAUGGACAUGUUGGGUAUGCAAGAUUAUGGUCCAUCUUUAUUGGAUCUGCUUCACACACCCUCGAUGCCCAUGCCGACGCAACCCCUUCCGUCCCCGGCAUCCACGGUCCCAGACUCGUCGGAGGUGGUCAAUACUCCGGCCACGCCCAAUUCAUCGUCGAUCUCUUCGUCCUCUACUGAAGCAGCCAAUGAUGAACAUAAAGUGGAGGAAGAGGAUCAGAAUCAAGAAAAAACUAAAAAAGAGUUGAAACCCAAAAAGAAGAAUCCAAAAAGGCAAAGAGAGCCCAGAUUUGCGUUCAUGACAAAGAGUGAGGUUGAUCACUUGGAUGAUGGGUAUAGAUGGAGAAAGUACGGCCAAAAAGCUGUGAAGAACAGUCCUUUUCCAAGGAGCUACUAUCGUUGCACCACUGCAGCAUGUGGUGUGAAGAAGCGGGUGGAGCGAUCGUCGGAUGAUCCAUCAAUUGUCAUGACUACUUAUGAAGGUACACACACGCAUCCAUGUCCGAUAACUCCCCGUGGAAACCUCGGAAUCAUGCCGGAAUCUGCCACUUUUAGUGGCGGUUUCGGUGGUGGUGCUUCCUCUUUUGUCAUUCCACAACUUCACAAUCAGCAACUGCAGCAUCAACAACAACCCUAUUUCCAUAACCCAACACCAUCUUUGAGCUUUAGCAGCACUAUGAAUUCCUCAUUUCCCAAUUUUCUUCAAGAAAGACAGUUUUGCCCUUCUCCAUCUACUUUGCUGAGAGACCAUGGACUUCUUCAGGACAUUGUGCCAUCCCAGAUAAGAAAGGAGCCCAAAGAGGAGUAGAGAGCCUAUAUGUUAUAGGUAUGUAAUUUUCUGUACUGACUCAUGAGUUGGGGUUCUCUUUUCUCUUUAGUUAAUUAAGAGCCCACUUCACCAUUUACAUUGUGACUGAUGAUCUGUUUAUCAUUGUAAAAUGACUAGCCUAUAACCCAUUGAGGGACUAGUUUGGUACUUUUGUUCUUUUCUUUAUUCUUUGUACUUAAUCCUAGUUUUUUCUAUAUAAUUAUGGGGAUUUUGGGUUUAUUUUGUAUCUUCAAUUCUGAGCUUGUAGCUUUAGUCUUUUAAUUUCUCCUUAAUUAUUUUCCUUUUUUCAA